CAUACGACACACGCGAAUUUUGUGCCAACGGCUUUUACGCCCGCGUCUGCCAUGUGAUGUGAACUAAGGCAAAAUUAUCUAAAUAAUAAAGAGAUAAAAUUUACAUAGAAAAGUUCAUGAAAUUAAGCCCCUAAACAAAGUCAACACAGACACUGUUAACGUCAACGUCAAAGUCAACGUCAACGUCAGCCACAUCCGUAUCCGUGUCCGUAUCCGUGUCCUCUCAAGGCGCCUGACAGCGGUACGGAAUCGGAAGCUGUUGCCCAGAAUUAUGCAGCAUUAGGCACGGCGCGACAGAGUCCGAGAUAUCCACAACGUGCAAGCAUUACGCACACAUUUAUAUAUCGGAGCUGAGCAUUCUGCCUGUUAAAAAUGCGUUCGUUUCUGUACAUCGUUUGGCUGGUGCUGCCAUUUCUGGUUCCGGUUUUGGGCUCUUUCGAAUUAAGUGGCCAGACCAUUAAAGAUGCACUCGGUGAAUAUAUGCUGACUGAUAUAAUGAACAGCAAUCAGUAUACGGGCAUUGAGUUUGCGGAGGGAGAGGAUGGCUUUCCGGCCUUCAAGCUGCUCUCCACUGCAGAUGUGAAGUCGCCCUAUCAAAUGUUGCUGCCCGAGAAGCUAUACGAGUUCGCCAUACUAAUCACCUAUCGCCAGAGCUCGCUAAAGGGCGGCUAUCUGUUUAGCGUGGUGAAUCCACUGGACACUGUGGUGCAGCUGGGCGUGCAUCUAUCGCCGGUUGUCAAAAACAGCUACAAUGUGACGCUGGUUUAUGCGCAACCCGACCAGAGCGCGGGCCGGAAGCUGGCCAGUUUUGCGGUUGCCCACGUGCCGGACAAGUGGAACUCGAUUGCAUUUCAGGUGUACAGUGACAAAGUGGUUUUCUAUUAUGACUGCAUACUGCGCAACACCACGACUGUGGUGCGAGAUCCCUUUGAGCUGGUAUUCGCAUCGGCCUCGGUGCUGUACAUUGGCCAGGCUGGUUCCAUAAUUGGUGGCCACUUCGAGGGCUAUUUAGAAAAAAUCUAUGUCUAUGGCAAUCCGGAUGCCAUAGCAAUUCAAUGCAUGUCGCCCCCAAAGCCCACGGUGGCUGUGCCCACGGAUUUGGAGAAUGAGCUUUCGACCGAAUCAGAUCCUGAACUCUUAGCUGAUCCUGAACAAGAAAUGAAUUCACCACCCGAUGAGCCCGUUGUCGAUGAGAAUGAUAUUACAAACGAAGGGUGGUGGUCCUCAGCAAAUAUUGAGGCAACUGACAUUUUCGACGACAGUGGUUUGCAGGCCCCCGGACAGACGCAGUUAACGCACGAGAGACCAUAUCGCGGCAUCAAGGGCGAGAAGGGCGAUCGAGGACCCAAGGGCGAUAGUAUACGUGGUCCACCUGGGCCGCCCGGUCCGCCGGGUCCCAAAGGUGAAACACCAUCGUAUCCGCCCUUUGUGGAGACACCAAGUGCGGGGGCUAAAUACACUGGCGAAUGUACAUGUAAUGCGUCUGAUAUCCUGGAAGCCUUGAAGGACAAUGAAACGAUACGCGAAACGUUGCGCGGCCCGCCCGGUCCGCCGGGCAGAGAUGGAAAGUCUGGAGCCCCUGGACUUACCGGUGCCACUGGCGUAACUGGCGCUCGCGGCCCGGAAGGUCUGCAGGGGGAGAAGGGCGAGCCAGGCGUCGACGGCAUGCCCGGAGUGAUGGGUCCGCCCGGACCUCCGGGCCCGCCUGGCUUGCCGGAGAGCUAUGAUGGCUGCAACAAAACAAAAAUUGCCAAUGAUUCGGUUCCCGCUUCCCCCCAUCUUCCUGACUCAAUGGAAUCCCUAAUGGGCAACUCAAUGGGCAGCCUACGCAGCUCCACCUCCAGCCAGGCAGGACCUAAAGGAGCGACCGGCGAUAAAGGUGAGCCCGGACGUCCAGGAGAACGAGGUGAAAAGGGUCACAAAGGUGCGCAUGGACCCGCUGGACCCAAGGGUGAGCCCGGCGCUCCUGGCCUACCCGGAUUGGCUGGCCAGCCGGGCGAUGGCAACGGCACCAAGGGCGAGCGCGGCGAAAAGGGCGAGAAAGGCAUGCGGGGCAGACGCGGUGGCACCGGCGCAACCGGACCAAUUGGACCACCCGGCAAACCAGGACCCAUGGGUGAUAUCGGACACUCGGGACGCCCCGGGAUGAUUGGACCUAAGGGCGAUACGGGCGCCAAAGGCGUCAAAGGCGACUCAGGUGGACGCGAUGGCGCCAAAGGUGAGAAAGGUGAUCGGGGCAGCGACGGUCGUGACGGCUUGCCAGGCCCACCUGGACUGCCGGCCAGCACAGGAGCUGGCGAUGGUGACAGCAGCGGCGUCCAGUAUAUUCCAAUGCCUGGUCCGCCAGGACCGCCCGGGCCGCCUGGCCUGCCCGGCUUAUCGAUAACUGGACCCAAGGGAGAAGCAGGCAUGGACGCGCGCAGCAGCUUCUUCGGAGACGCCUCCUACUACGGUCGACCAGGUGCGCGCUCAUCUUUAGACGAACUUAAAGCACUGCGAGAGCUGCAAGAUCUGCGCGAUAGACCCACAGAUGGCACAGCUGAGCCACCGCGACAGACGGCGCACUCACACAAGCACGAGGAGUCGCCCCUGGGCAUUGGCUUGGGAUUGGGAGAUGGCGAGGAGCUGCCAUACUUUUCCGCAUCAUCAUCGAACAUGAACAUGAGAAUCGUGCCAGGUGCAGUUACCUUUCAGAACAUAGACGAAAUGACAAAGAAGUCCGCGCUCAGCCCACCCGGCACCCUGGCGUACAUUACCGAGGAGGAGGCGCUGCUCGUGCGCGUCAACAAGGGCUGGCAGUAUAUAGCGCUGGGCACCUUGGUGCCAAUUGCAACACCAGCACCACCCACCACAGUGGCGCCGUCCUUGCGCUUUGAUUUACAAUCGAAAAACUUGCUGAACAGUCCACCCCCCUUGCUCAACACGCCGACGUUUACAACCGCGCCCGAGUACGAAACGUGGUAUCCGCGCAUGCUUCGCGUGGCGGCCCUCAAUGAGCCCUAUGGCGGUGACUUGCAGGGCAUUCGAGGCGCGGACUUUGCCUGCUAUCGCCAAGGCCGGCGAGCAGGUCUGCUGGGCACCUUUAAGGCGUUCCUCACCUCCAGGGUACAGAACCUGGACUCUAUAGUGCGUUCGGCCGACUGGGAGCUGCCGGUUGUAAAUACCCGCGGCGAUGUGCUCUUCAAUUCCUGGAAGGGAGUCUUUAACGGCCAGGGUGGAUUCUUCUCCCAGGCACCGCGCAUUUAUAGUUUCAGCGGCAAGAAUGUGCUCACAGAUCCAUUAUGGCCGCUCAAGCUAGUCUGGCACGGCUCUCUGCCGAACGGAGAGCGUUCCAUGGACACCUACUGCGAUGCCUGGCACUCCAGCUCGCAUGAGAAGUUCGGCUAUGCCAGCAACUUGCUCGGCAACAAGCUGCUCGAUCAGGAGCGACAGCCCUGCGACGGCAAGCUGAUUGUGCUCUGCGUGGAGGCACUGUCGCAGGAUCGGCGGAAAAAGCGUGAUGUCAGCAGCAGUCGCAGUCACAGUCACAUUAGCAGUCGCAGCAACAGUCGCGGCAACAGCGACAGUCACAGUCCCACUGGCGAACUGGAGCUGGAGUUCAGUACGGCCGAGGAGUACGCCGAGCAUUUAGACAAUUUACUGCUGUAAGAGACCACCUAGAGAGGAGCAUGGGCGGGAAACGGAAUUUGUAACUGUAACGCGCAUUAUAUGAAUACCAAUGCAAUACAAAUGUGAACACCACAACACACCAAUACCAAUGCCAUACUCAUGAACACUCAGACACACACACACACACACACACACACAUACACAUUAAAUGUAAACGUAUAUCAUGGCCAUGCAUAUAAUCAGAGGAUUCCAACUAAACCAAAAAAUACUCAAGUAAGCGAUCGAUUAACAAUUGCAUAGUGAAAUAUGAACAUACAUAUAUACUUACAUACUUACUACUUGCAUACGAAUAACUAGACAGGUAUAUAUAUAUACAUUCACAAUAUAUAUACAUCAUGAUUUCUUAUGCUCGACAGGCAACAAGCAGUUUUGUACAAGCGAGUUAUGUAUUAGUAAUCGUAGCCUAAUACAUAGUCAAAAUAUAUAAAAAGUAAGCUAAUUUUGUAAUUAAGUCACAGCGCAGGCGAAGCAUAUUAGCUGCUGCUGCUGCCAUUAAGGUUAGUCCUAGUACCAUAUUCAGGACCGGCGCGAACUGGUCCCCAUCAAUACUAUCUAGAGACCAAGCGCACCUUUCCAACAACAGCUAAACAUACGAACUGGCCAAAUUAGUCUCCUAUCUACCCGAUCAGCGGGAGGACUCACGCGCAAAUACAUUUCACAUGGCUGUAUACGUGUAUAAAUGUAUUUUGUCAAAGACUUCUAAAUGUGUAAAUGUAUAAGAUAAAAAAAAAAAACAAAAGUGAAACGAACUAAUACCGAAUCAGAGCUAACAAUUUUAAGCCCAAAUCCAAAUCCAACGUUCCAACGUUCUAACGUUUUUAACUAAAUCAGCUCCAAUGUGCAUUAUGUUUUAUGCCAAUCCAGUUUUCUAUUCUACAAACUUACUCAUAAUGUAGCCCGAUUUUCUACAUUGAAAUACUCGUUAUUAUAUAAAUGAACAACAAAACGUCAGCCCCUUUUUAUAUGAACACAAUAGAAUAACUAAAUUAUAGCUGUAAUUGCAGUAAUUUAUAUACAAUAACAAAUGAAAAACAAACCAACACGAGUACAUAUAUGUAUAUGUAUGUAAUGUAACUUAUUGUAAUUCUAGAGCGAAUACUGACGAGUAAAGCAUAAUUACUUGUAUCAGUAUAGUUAGUUACUUAAUUUAAUUUGCAUUUAAUUAAUGCAUUUCCAGCUACAGUUUUGUAAUGUAAUUAAUUGUAAUUGUAAUAUCAAUAAUGCUUAUCAUUUUUAAUAAUUAAUUAUAAAAGAAAACUAGGCACAGAAAUGCUAAUUGGGUUAAAGGCAAUCCCAAGCAAUAGCAUACUAAGCAUAAUAUACGUACAUAGGUAUGUAUGUAUGUAUGUAUGUAUGCACAAUGCAAAUAACUACAUUUAGUGAAAUCAAAAUGAAUACUCAAAGCCCUCUAGUCGUAAGCCUAAUACUUCUAUGCAAAUUCAGAGUGCAUAUAAAAU